CAGCAUAAACCAUGAAAUUUACAAUCAACUCUAUUUUUUGUUACCAAAAUAAUAUUCUAUUAAGAGCCCCCCUAUUUCCAAUUUUGAGAGCGCCCUGGGUGCUUAUUACGUCGAAUACAGUAUGAAUAUUACGUUGAAUGCCUAAAAUAUGUUCAAGACAGUUUUAAUCCUAGCUCACUAAUUGCUAAGCAGUGUGUACACAGAGGCACUAGAUUAGGCCAAUAGGCAGGUUUCAUUAUGACCAUUUGUCUGCUUUCUAUAGUCUGUUUGCUGCCAAAUUUUACCAAUUAAAUACCAAAUUGAUAUUAAUCCAAAAGCAACAAUUCAUCUUAAAUGGCAUGACAGUUAUUAAAUUGUCCAUACCAACUGUUCACCCUAAUUUCACACGUUGUCAUGAAGGGUAGAAAAAGUUGUUUAGCAAAUUCUCAUGUACCUAAUUGUUGGCGUUUUGAUGACAGUUGUUACAAGGGGGUCUGCACUGUAAACUGAACAGCCCAACCUACUUCUGUCUUUUCUGUGAUAAAAUCCUGUCAAAUAAAAAAUGUAAAUCAGAGCGUAUCUUUCUGUAGCAGAUGGUUUAGAUCAUGCAACUGUCAGUCAAAUUAUUUAUUUCAGUUGAGAGUGACACAUAGACAAUGAAAAUAUUUGAGAAUAGAACUAUUGAGACUGUCCCUGUGUUCUGCGAUUCGCUUCAGCUGUUAUGUUUAUCGCGCAGACCCCCUUGUAACAACAGGCAUUGAAACACCAACAAUUACUCGAUAGUUUGUUAAACAAUUUUUUCUGUUACAUUUGGGAUAACACUUUCUUAGUAAAGUACAGAUUCUAGUACUUUUUGGGGUUAAGUCCCAUCCGGGAUUCGAACCCACACUCUCAGAGGAGGCACCUAAUCGCCAGCACACAAAGUCAGCGAACUAACCCACUUGGCCACCGAGCUUUCCAUGGCAUUGUGUGUUCAUAACUUCUCUCUAUUCGUGGGGGGAGGUCGGGUAGCCUAGUGGUUAAAGCGUUCGCUCGUCACGCCGAAGACCCAGGUUCCAUUCCCGACAUGGGUACAAUGUGUGAAGCCCAUUUCUGGUGUCCCCCGCCGUGAUAUUGCUGGAAUAUUGCUAAAAGCGGCGUAAAACCAUACUCACUCACUCUCUACUUCGUGACAAUGUUUGAAACAAUGGUGACGAGUUGGUCUGGACAAAUAAAUAACUUCCAUGCCAUGGAAGACGAAUUGUUGCUUUGGGAUUUAUAUCUAUCUUGCAGCUAACAGGUCUAUCAGUUAAUAAUUACCAAAAUAUGCAGGGACACUAUCUCAGGUUUACCCAGGGUGUCAACUAUUCUUUGUUACAUACAUGGAUCCAGUGGGAAGAUGCAGGGUUUUUUUUAAGCCUAAUUAUCAUCAUGAUAAGAAAAAAACCCAUUUAAAUUAAUCCUUUGGUGACAAUCCACAGGGUAGUUUUGGAACGAUGGCAUAGAUUCACACACAAACUCAGUAGUUGACCCUUCUUGAUUCCAGGUAAUGUUUCUGUUGGAUAUUGUAUGGUGACUGUCCAGGCAACAGAAGGAUAUUGCUGGCUGGGUCAUGGGGUGGGGGGUAGUUUCACACAUGAGUAUCCAGACAAGACGAGGAUAUCGCUGACUGUCAUGGGGAGGGGUAGUUUCACACAUGAGUAUCCAGACAAGACGAGGAUAUCGCUGACUGUCAUGGGGAGGGGUAGUUUCACACAUGAGUAUCCAGACAAGACGAGGAUAUCGCUGACUGUCAUGGGGAGGGGUAGUUUCACACAUGAGUAUCCAGACAAGACGAGGAUAUCGCUGACUGUCAUGGGGAGGGGUAGCUUCACACAUGAGUAUCCAGACAAGACAAGGAUAUUGCUGACUGUCAUGGGGAGGGGUAGCUUCACACAAGAGUAUCCAGACAAGACAAGGAUAUCUCUGACUGUCAUGGGGAGGGGUAGUUUCACACAAGAGUAUCCAGACAAGACGAAGAUAUCGCUGACUGUCAUGGGGAGGGGUAGUUUCACACAUGAGUAUCCAGACAAGACAAGGAUAUCUCUGACUGUCAUGGGGAGGGGUAGUUUCACACAAGAGUAUCCAGACAAGACGAAGAUAUCGCUGACUGUCAUGGGGAGGGGUAGCUUCACACAUGAGUAUCCAGACAAGACAAGGAUAUCUCUGACUGUCAUGGGGAGGGGUAGUUUCACACAAGAGUAUCCAGACAAGACGAAGAUAUCGCUGACUGUCAUGGGGAGGGGUAGCUUCACACAUGAGUAUCCAGACAAGACGAGGAUAUCUCUGACUGUCAUGGGGAGGGGUAGUUUCACACAAGAGUAUCCAGACAAGACGAAGAUAUCGCUGACUGUCAUGGGGAGGGGUAGCGUCACACAUGAGUAUCCAGACAAGACGAGGAUAUCGCUGACUGUCAUGGGGAGGGGUAGCUUCACACAUGAGUAUCCAGACAAGACGAGGAUAUCUCUGACUGUCAUGGGGAGGGGUAGUUUCACACAAGAGUAUCCAGACAAGACGAAGAUAUCGCUGACUGUCAUGGGGAGGGGUAGCGUCACACAUGAGUAUCCAGACAAGACGAGGAUAUCGCUGACUGUCAUGGGGAGGGGUAGCUUCACACAUCACUCUCAUUUCCCAACAUGAUUACCUCAGUCCAUUCUACACCUCUCAUCCCUUUACACCAUGUUACUGAUAUAACCAAUGUAUUAACGGUCUUGGUGUAUUUUACAAUUAUUUAUUACUUUUCCUGUUGUUUGCAAUAAGUUGCUUUGCAAUAUAUUAAACUUUUGAGUUUCAGUGCCAUAAUUCAUCUCAUAUUUUCAUCUCCCACACAAUUUGAUAUCUGGAUACAAUGUUAUACUAACAUUAUUAUUAUAAUGACCUAGAAUACUGGAUUUUGUAGUAGUUAUUGUAAUUAAGAUAUUUCUGUAUGAAUUUGCGAACUGCCUUAUGCUUGUACCUUACUUCAAGUUGAGUUUAUAAAUAUACUGAAAAACAAGUUUAGGAUCGUGAAUAGUUUGAGAUAUUUUGAUGAAAUUGUGUGCUCAGUCUUGACUACAAAAAAAUAUUCCCCAAAUUAUUCAUGAUCCCUUACUUUCUUGGUUUAGUAUAGGAAGAGUUGUAUUGCUGAAAUCCAGCCCCUGUUCUAGGAAUCGUGUUGCUUUAUGUCUGAUGAUUACGACAUAAUAAUAAUCAAAUAUCUUGAAUACCUCCACAUGGUCUGAUGGUGAAAUGUAAUAGAUCCAUGCUGUUACGGAUACAGGAUAUACACAUGUUUAGUACGGCUUUGUAGAUAUAGCAUUAACGCAGCCACCAAUAAAAUCUCAAAACAAUGGGGUUUUUACUUUAAAUUUAUAUCUUAGACCAUACCCAUUCAAAUUGAACUUAAAAAGUUAUUGGUCAUUGGAGUGUCAAAAUUAGGUCAUUAUUUUCUUUCAUAGAUAGGAACUUGUCCAAAUUUGGGUGUUCUUUGGUCUUGUAGAAAAAUAUAUCUCGACAGUUCUCCUUGUAUGUUCAAUCACCAGUGAUGAAUGUGAUUAUACAUUUGUUUGCAGGUAACUGUUGAGCUAUCCUAAUUAGCAAAAGUUUUUAUCAGUUUACAAUUUUUAAUUGUUUUGGCCAAUAUCAAAAUAGAAGAUUUAUUAUUUCACUUUAAUGAAUCAUUUCAACAGCUACGCAUUUUAAACAGAUCUAUUAACCAUAACAUUUGAAUACAGGAAUACCUGGGUUAGAUUCUGCAGGAUUCUAAAAGGAGACAUGACUGGUAUUAUUUGAUAUUUUUUUCAUACUGUUCACUUUAAUCAAAACGAUAAUGCCAUUUACACUUCUAUGACUGAAAGCUUUGAAAAGUAACAGACUGGCAGAUCAUUGCAUGUGUUUGUUUAUGAUAUGGUAGUUAAUAAUGUUGAAAGUUAUGUACCAUUCCAGUGAAAGCAUCACCUAAAUGGCAAGUAAAUGUCACCUUGUGUCUGAGGGCCCACUUUUACAAUGAAGUCAAUCUUAGAGGCAUGCAAAUUGCAUUUCUUCUUCAUUUCAACUCCAACACUGACAAAAGUUAUAGUUCAAAUUAUGAGUUAUAGUAUAGUUCAAAUUUCAUGAAUGGAGGUCUUAUAGUUUUGGUUGAAAUUAUUCUGUGAAGAAAUGGAACAUGAAGAUGUGUAGGAUCACAGAAGUAUUUUCUUAAAAUGUUUCUUUAAAAAAAGAAGGUUGAUUUCAGCAAAGUUAUAAAUGUCUCUCUUAACCUAUUCUCCCUCUUAUUUGAGCUGUCACACCUGACAUAUACUACUCAGAAAAGUUAAGGAUCACCCCAUUCAUAUUACUAUUACCAGUCUUUCGUAUUGACAUAGUUUAUAUGAAGAAAACUGGUUAUCCUUAACCAUUUCUGAGUAGUAUACACCAGUUAAAGUCUUCCCCCCCCCCCUUCACUUACCCAGGGUAAGGGGGUAGCCUAGUGGUUAAAGUGUUGGCUCUUCACGCCAAAGAAUCGGGUUCGAUUCCCCCCUCAUGGGUACAGAAAGUCUAUUUCUGGUGUCCCUUGAUAUUGCUGGAAUAUUGCUAAAUGUGGCUUAAAACCAUACUCACUCACUGACUCUUGUAGUGUCUAACUGUAGAUGAACCAGUGGAAACAUGACUUGCAUUAAGCUGAGAUAACUUUGUGCACGUGAGCCCAAACUGAGGCAUGGAUAUGGGAUAAACCAAUUUGUUGCUUCAUAAUUGUUUUUUUAUGUGAAUCUGUUUUUCUCAGUGAAGGUUACCUAUAUGUGAUGAUUGCAGGCAUUCACUCUUCUCCUGGUUCCCGUUCCGUAAAGCAAUCUUUGCGCUACAAUUGUUUUAAAUCUAUGUUAAAGUAAGGGAAUUAUGAUCGCCUAAGCGCUAAGAUUGCUUUGUGGAAUGGGGCCCUGGAUCCCAGUACCUGGCUGUGAUCUAAUCACAGCUGGAUUAGUCAUAAUAUAUUUCUGAUAGCUUCUAAAGAUGACUGGUCUUUUCAGAAAAUAAGCAUACGUCUAACCAGACUACAGCUCAUGAUAUAUGAGAUAUAUUGCCCAUGUAUGUGGUGUUGAGUUAAGUACACUAACACAUAGUCAGCUGUUGUAGAGGCCAGUAGUAUGCCAACAGCCAGUUUAAUUAUAGGGCAGGUGGGGAAUUAUAAACAUUAGCUGUAGUUGCCGAAUACUGUGGCUUCAUGGAGAUCUAGUUCCUGUCUAGCCUGCAGUGGAGAGUGAUCAUCAACAAUUGUGAUGGUGCCAACCUCCUUUCAGUACACCAGAUACUGAGCCCUGUAAAGUUGUACUCCUGAUGCCAUGAAAUGUUUAUCUGGUAUGCGUAUGCCAGUAUUUCAAUUUUGAAGAAAAAAAUCUUCUUGCAAUUAGUGACAAAUCAAUAAAAUAUUUAGCCCUAAGCUUAUGAGCACGAAUAGUCAAGCAUUCUGUGUGAAAAUCCCAGUCUAAUUUACUUGUACCGGCUGUGUACACUGAUAUGAGGGGUAGAAUAGUUCUUCACCAACCCAUGCUUGCUGUAAAAGGCGACUAUGCUUGUCGUAAGAGGCGACUAAUGGGAUCAGGUGGUCAGUGUUGACUUGGUUGAUGCAUGUAAUCAUGUCCCAAUUGCGUGGAUUGAUGCUCAUGAUGUCAAUCACCAAAUUAUCUGGUCCAGACUCGUUUAUUUACAGACCGCCGUCAUAAAGCUGAAAUAUUGCUGAGUGCGGCGUUUAACAACAAACAAACAAAAUGAAGUCGUAUGACGGAUGUCUAGAGGCUGGGUUGGCACCCAAGUGUGCCAGUCUAGAAGUAGGGUCCCAGACAAGCUAGGUGCCACUUACUGUGUGAAAGGUUGACCGUUGUUGUACUUGUUUCCUGUGAGGCGUGAUCACUUGUGGCUUGCUAGGCUGUGUUCCUCAUCCACCAUGGUGCUGCAGUCCAGACAGGCUGGACAUGUUGUUAUGUUAAUCUGAUGUGUGUCAGUAUCACAAUGUAUCACAUUGUUUCAAGGGCAGUCUGUAUAUAGUCAUCACAUCUUUGUGAAACAUGGCAAACAGGUAAUAAAAUCUGAUAUUAUCA